AUGAAAAUGAAGAUAAUUAUAUAUAUAUGCAUUUGGGCAACUGCCUGGGCCAUUCCGGUUCCCCAGUUAGUACCAUUGGAAAGAAACAUUGCUGAAAAAUCUGUGACUGUGCCUCUUCUAACGCAUCCAGGAACCACAGCACAGAAUGAGUUACCUAUCAACAACACCACUAGCAACAGCAAUGACUCCCCAGAUGGCAGUGAGAUAGGAGAGCAGGUACUUAACGAGGACGGUUACAAAAGAGACGGGAAUGGCUCCGAGUCAAUACAUGUAGGAGGGAAGGAUUUUCCUACUCAGCCCAGUUUAGCAAAUGAACAGGGGAGCACCGGUGAAGAACACAAUGACGUAGAAACAUACGGUCAUGAUGGGGUACAUGCGAGAGGAGAGAACAGCACAGCAAAUGGCAUCAGAAGCCAGGUAGGAAUUGUUGAAAAUGUGGAGGAAGCAGAGAGCAGUGUCCACGGACAGGCUGGCCAGAAUACAAAAACCGGGGGUGCUAGUGAUGUGAGCCAGAAUGGAGAUGCUACCCUUGUCCAGGAAAAUGAGCCUCCAGAAGCUAGCAGCAAGAAUAGCACCAACCAUGAGGCUGGAAUACACGGAAGUGGGGUUGCUACACAUGAAACGACGCCUCAGAGAGAAGGGCCGGGGAGUGAGAACCAGGGGGCUGAGGUGACACCAAGCAUCGGGGAAGAUGCAGGUUUGGAUGAUACUGAUGGGAGUCCUAGCGGGAACGGAGUAGAGGAGGAUGAAGAUACAGGCUCUGGUGAUGGUGAGGGUGCAGAAGCAGGAGAUGGAAGGGAGAGCCAUGAUGGCACUAAGGGCCAGGGGGUGCAGUCUCAUGGGGGAAACACUGACCACAGAGGUCAGGGUUCAGUUAGUACUGAAGAUGAUGACUCUAAAGAACAAGAAGGUUUCCCAAAUGGACGCAAUGGAGACAACAGCAGUGAGGAAAACGGUGUUGAAGAAGGCGACAGUACCCAGGCAAUGCAGGACAGCCAGAAGCUCAGCCCCAAAGACAACAGAGAUGCAGAGGGUGGGAUCCUCAGCCAGUCAGAAGCAUGUUCUUCUGGGAAGAGCCAAGAUCAGGGAAUAGAAACUGAAGGUUCCAACAAAGGCAACAAAAGUAUUAUUACCAAAGAACCUGGGAAACUCAGUGGAAGUAAAGACAGAAAUGGACACCAAGGAGUGGAGCUGGACAAAAGGAAUAGCCCAAAGCAAGGGGAGUCUGACAAGCCUCAAGGCACUGCUGAGAAAUCAGCUGCCCACAGUAACCCGGGACACAGCAGGAUAGGUAGCAGCAGCAAUAGUGACGGGCAUGACAGUUACGAUUUCGAUGACGAGUCCAUGCAAGGAGAUGAUCCCAACAGCAGUGACGAAUCUAACGGAAGUGACACUAACUCUGAAAGCGCCAAUGAGAGUGGCAGCCGUGGGGAUGCUUCUUACACAUCUGAUGAAUCAAGUGAUGAUGACAAUGACAGUGACUCACAUGCGGGAGAAGAUGAUAACAGUGAUGACUCAUCUGAUACAGAUGACAGUGACAGUAAUGGUGAUGAUGACAGUGACAGUAAUGGUGAUGGUGACAGCGAGAGUGAGGACAAGGAUGAAUCUGACAGCAGUGACCAUGACAAUAGCAGUGACAGUGAGAGCAAAUCAGACAGCAGUGACAGUAGUGACGACAGCAGUGACAGCAGCGACAGCAGUGACAGCAGUGACAGCAGCGACAGCAGUGACAGCAGUGAUAGUAGUGACAGCAGUGACAGCAGCGACAGCAGCAGUAGUAGUGACAGCAGCGACAGCAGCAGUAGUAGUGACAGCAGUGACAGCAGCGACAGUAGUGACAGCAGUGACAGCAGCAGCAGCAGUGACAGCAGCGACAGCAGUGACAGCAGCAGCAGUAGUGACAGCAGCGACAGCAGUGACAGCAGUGACAGCAGUGACAGCAGCAGCAGCAGUGACAGCAGUGACAGCAGCAGCAGCAGUGACAGCAGUGACAGUAGUGACAGUAGUGACAGCAGCGACAGUAGUAACAGCAGCGACAGCAGUGACAGCAGUGACAGUAGUGACAGCAGUGACAGUAGCAACAGUAGUGACAGCAGUGACAGUAGCGACAGCAGUGACAGUAGUGACAGCAGUGACAGUAGUGACAGCAGUGACAGUAGCGACAGCAGUGACAGUAGUGACAGCAGCGACAGCAGUGACAGUAGCGACAGUAGUGACAGCAGUGACAGUAGUGACAGCAGCGACAGUAGCGACAGUAGUGACAGCAGUGACAGUAGUGACAGCAGCAACAGCAGCGACAGCAGUGACAGUAGCGACAGCAGCGACAGUAGUGACAGCAGCGACAGCAGCGACAGCAGUGACAGUAGUGACAGUAGCGACAGCAGUGACAGCAGUGACAGCAGCGACAGCAGUGACAGUAGCGACAGCAGCGACAGCAGUGACAGCAGCGACAGCAGUGACAGUAGCGACAGCAGCGACAGUAGUGACAGCAGCGACAGCAGUGACAGCAGUGACAGCAGUGACAGUAGUGACAGCAGUGACAGCAAUGACAGCAGUGAUAGCAGUGACAGUAGUGACAGCAGUGACAGCAGUGACAGUAGUGACAGCAGUGACAGCAGCGACAGCAGUGACAGCGACAGCAGUGAUAGCAGCGACAGCAGUGACAGCAGUGAUAGCAGCAACAGUGACAGCAGUGACAGUGACAGCAAGGAUAGCACUUCUGACAGCAGUGAUGGUGACAGCAAGUCUGGUAAUGGCAACAGUGACAGUGAUAGCAACAGUGACAGUGACAGUGAAGGCAGUGACAGUAACCACUCAACCAGUGAUGAUUAG